ACCUAAACUCAUUUUCCUUCACCAUGGAUUCAUCAAUUGUGCUCGUCAUAAAUCGUAAUUAAAGAAAUUUUAACAAUAAGCAAUAGUAUAAUUUAAAUAUUUAAUCUUAGGUGUAUAAUUUGAAUAAACUUCUCAACAUGUAUAGAAAUAGUAAAUAGUGCUGAAUCUUUCGCGUUUGUGCUGAAUUGACCUCGUCAACACGAAGCGAGACGAAAAACGAUAACGAUGAGCUCUGAAUCCAAAUAGGAAUUUCAAAAUGGCGUCAGUGAUUUUUGGUGGAAUUUCAGUGUGUGUUUAACUUAGUUUACGCGGUAUUUGUACUGAUUAAAAUUUAAUAAUUGUGAGAAAAAUAAUAAAUGUGAAGUGGUUUAUCGAUAGAAAAACAAAAAAUAAAUAGGAGCAGAUGUGCCUUUACUCUUUUAAUUAGUGAUAAUUCGCUUAAAAUGGCGUAUGCAUGCAAAGAAGCGGACUAACUUUCUUUUUUCACAAAUUUAUAAUUUUUACUGCUGGACCAGUACUUGGUUAUCUUAAGAAAAGGUGAACAACGUGUUGUUGAAUGUUAUAACUUGCACUGUUUGCUGCAUUUUGUGACAAGUGGCAAGUGGUACAGUCCGAGUUGGGACGCGUUUUACAUUUAUUCUAAUCGCCAGCGUGGGAACAUACGGAUCAUACAUACAUAUAUUUUGUCAUAAUUUUUUAACCAUCGUUGAAAACGUCAGAAAUCACUAGAGUUAAAUUUGCCUAUGAUAAAGUGAAAAAGGCGGGCAAAUCGAGAAGACACUCCAAAAAUGUGUGCAGCACACAGUAACCCACAACAGGGCUUCGGCUAUACUUGGGGAUUCGCAGAUAAUACCCGUACGGAGUCUGUUCUGGAGAUUCCGGCAAAUAUAAAUUACACAGUCAGCAGUGAAUCCAUGCCAUAUUUGCUAUCUACAGAUGGCUCUUUAACUGUGCAGAAGGACGUUAAAGGUGGAUUGACGGCUCAAAAAGGAGGUGUUGUACGACGUAUGUUUGUUGUAAAUGAACCAUUUGCACCAGGACCACAACGGGUCAUAACUGCAGGUACUACUACACCAUCGGUGGUGAAGAAACAAGACCAACAAGUGCUCAGUAUUAACUGCGACAAAAAUUACCUACUUGUAGAUCAAUCAGAUCAGUCACACUCUCUGACUAAUGGUAUCGUCGACACGAAGUCACAGACCAUUCUAACGACAACAGCUGGCGCUAAAACGCAUUUUAGUCCCAUCGGGCCGAUUCAUCUCACUGCAGAGGAAUGCAACGAGAUUUUAAUGAAACGAGCGCUUGCCGCAUCUCAACAGACUCACACGAUCACUACUGCAGACGGACAUGGGACGACAAGUGACAUUCUGCCGGGUAUAUCGGUACAAGUUCAAAAAGUGAUUCAAGGUUUAGAAGAGGCGGAUGAUUCACAAGGGGAUACACCUAACUUGAAGUUGGAGCCCGGUACAUUAGAGCUAUCUCCAAAAACAGAGUUGCAAGAUAACAUGAAUUAUAACGAGAAUGAUGCCACAGUUAAGAAGGAGCGACCAUACAGUUGCGACGAAUGCGGCAAAUCGUUUUUAUUGAAACAUCAUUUAACAACACACGCGCGAGUCCACACAGGCCAAAAAUGUAUUGUAGGUGAACGGCCGCACGUGUGUGUACAUUGUAGCAAGAGCUUUGCACAUAAGCACUGCCUCAAUACACAUCUGCUGUUGCAUUCAACUGAUCGGCCGUUUCAGUGUACCGAAUGCAAGAAAAGUUUUACUUUGAAGCACCACCUGUUGACACAUUCACGUGUUCAUAGUCGUGAUCGGCCAUUUGUGUGCCCCGAAUGUGGGCGAACGUUCCCAUUGAAGCGACAUUUAGUGACCCAUAGUAAAUUUCAUGCUGGUGAACGACCAUACGUUUGUGAGGAAUGUGGCGAAAGUUUUGCUCAGGAGAAUCACUUAAUAAUGCAUUCACGUUUUCAUGGAUCGCUAAAUCCAUUUGUUUGUCCAGAUUGCGGAGCUACAUUUCCUCGCAAAUUUCAAUUGGUUAAUCAUGGCCGCAUUCACGGUAAAGUACCACACUCCUGCACCCUGUGUGGCAAAGAGUUCUUGCAGAAGCGCACGCUGGUUUCUCACAUGAGGAUUCACACCGGCGAUCAGCCAUAUCCUUGCAUUAGUUGUGGUGAGGGCUUUAUGUCUAAAGCCGAAUUAAAUCAACAUGUGCGUAAUACACACGGGGGCGUAAAUCCAAACUCCUCAAACACUGCGAUACAUUCUACGCAGCAACAUCAUACGCAACAACAGACGCAAGGGUCACAUCCACAAACCAUUACUGUAGUCAGUAAUCCAGCGAACCCGGCAUUAUUAUCUGUGGGCGGUGAUAAUAAUGCUGCUCGGCCUCAAUUCGGCUGUCGUGAAUGUGGAAGUGCCUUUAAUAGUAGAGAAGCGUUAGCGCUUCAUUUGCGAUUACAUACAGGUGACAAAAGCCUUAUGACUGAUUUGUGCGCUUUAACUGCGGCACUGCCUGGCCACUUCCUCAACACCGGCCUUAAUCCAGGCGCCACUGUCGUUGCUACCAACCCCAAUAUAGUGGCUCAGAAUACAGUGCCCGUGCAGAUCAUUUCAUCAACCGGACAAGUCAUGACACAAACAACAUUGGUACAGGCUGCCGCAGCAACGCAUCCACAGGGUGUUGUUACUAAUGUGCCUGGAGUGAUGCAUCACCAACAGCCGCAACAGCAACUGACGAAUGCAGCGCCACAACAACAUCAUCCACAGCAACAGCAGGUAACGCCGCCCAAACCAAAGUCACAUUUUUGCGCCAGCUGCGGUAAAGGAUUUGCCGCUAAGCAUGGUCUUAUGCAGCAUAAUCGAAGACAUCCUAACGGUGGCUGUACCGUGCGCACACAUGUAUGCGAGUGCGGCAAGGCAUUCUUCCAGAAGAAUCACUUGAUGCUACAUCAGCGUCAGCAUUUGGAAACCAAACCGUCAGCUGCUGUCGCUCAACAGCAGCAGCAGCAACAACAACAACAACAACAACAACAACAGCAGCAGCAGCAACAACAACAACAACAGGUGCGUUGAUUGCAUAGCUAAGCAAAAGAUAAACAAAAUAUAAUAAAUACAAAAAAGCUGCACAACGCUGUGUAGUCCGCAAAAGAGUAAACCUGCAAAAUACGCAAGCCGGCUUUGCAACGCUUCCAUUAUAAUUUUACACGAGCUCGGUAACGUUACGCUGAGACAAAUAACCAACGCUUAACAUCAAGCCAGAAUCCUCAUAUCAAACAACCACGAAAUAAAACUGCAUACGCAAAAUACUAACAUAAUGGAUUUAACACACGAACAGCACAGCCGCUCGCGCAAACAACAACAACCACAAUCGGCUAUGUUGAUAGGCAAUCAUCAAGCGCUGCACCUGCAAGUUUUGCAAGGCACUAAUGCAGCUCAAGUUAUUAAGUACGAAAUAAAUAUACCACAGGAUAAUCAAAGUGGAUAAGCGUUGUUAGUGUAGAAAUGGUUAAUGGUUGAUUCAUUUUAUAUUAUCACUAACCCAAAGGACAAAUUUCAACAUUCAUAUGAAUGGCGGCUGGGAGGAUGUGGGUUCAAAUUGUACGGUACACAGUACGGUACUUGUUUCAUUCGUUUAAGUUUAUUACGUUUUUAGUAUUUAAGCUUUAUUGUUUCGCUCUUUAUUGUGUGCACACAUUUCGCAAUGACAGUAGAAAUUACUAAUUGUUUCUAUUUGUGUAUAUAUUUGUUCAAUUUAACUUAACUAUCUAUAUCAAUUGUAAUUUUAAGCCCUCAACCAGACGAGCACACAUAAUUAACAAAUUCCUGUUACUAAGCUAAUUUACAGGGGAGAUACAAUUAGUAUAUGGGUUGGUUACACAUUAAGUCGUGCACAAUAAAGGAUCAUGUGUCUGCGUUAGUUAUGUUCCGAGUUCUCUUAUCCCUCACCUUUGCCCUUUUAUAUACAUACAAUAUAUAUGUAUAACGAUAAGAGUGCUUAGAUUAUAAAUCAGAAAAGAAUUUCACCUUCAUGCCGACAUUUUAUUAUAAAUUAAAAUGUCUGAUUAAUACAUAGUAUAUACAGUACAUGGAAUGUAUGUAAAAAUAUAUGCAAUUACAUACAAAAGAAAACAACAACUAAUAAUAAUAAUAAUAAAUACAUAAUCAUGUGCUAGCAUGACAAAACAUAGUUGUAUAAUAUUAGACUUAUGUGCAUAAGAAAUGAAUGAAUAGUAAUAACUAAAUAUAUAUUUUAUUAUAAGCAUAAAAAAUUAAUGAAAAAUAAGAAUAAAAUAAAAAACAUAAAAUAUUAAAGUACCUUUAUUUUUUCACAAACCCGAAUACUUUUGCAACGAUGGAGUGCAAUUUUAUUUUAUGUUGCUUCUCUUACAACUUUCAAUCUGUGCUUUGGACAGCAAGCUUUCUAUUUAUAUUUUUCGAAAAUAUAUACAUAUAUAGUACAUAUGUAUAUUCAUUCUGAUGUACAUUAUAUUCCUGAAAAGUAAAAUAUCUAUUAGAGAACAAGAAAAUCAAGUAAUUUUGGUUCAGGGUUGCGAGUUUUUUAAUUCAAAAAUUUCUCAACAUAGGAAUAAAAAUGUAUUUUUUAGUCAAAAUGUUUGGCAUUAAAAUUUUAGGUUUUUAUUUUCUAAUUUAAUAGUAAAAAUAGAAAAUUAAACUUUUAAUUCGAGAAUCAAAAUAAAUAAUUGAUGAACAUAAACCGUUUAAAUGUGUAGGCAUAUUCAAGAUGAUGGCUCUGUGCGAGCUCUACUUCAAAAUGGUAGAACUCGCAAACUCGAUAAAUGUUAAUUCUAAAACAAUUUCUUUGUUUUAUGCUUAAUUAUGUGUUUGGGAUUAAAUAGUUUUUAAUACCGUAUUUGACACAAUUUUUCCUUAGUUUAUUGUAUUUGUUAUUAAAAAUUUAAAAUUAUUUCUAAUUAAGAUAUUUGGGUUUAAAAUAUAAAUUACAAAUGUUAAUUCAAUUAUUUUUUUAAUUGCAUUAUACGCAACCCUGUUUUGGAUGUACGCGUAUAAUUAAAUUGCGGCGUAAAUUCUUGAAUACGAUAUUUGUAUAAAAAUCAAUUUGAGUACAUUAUAUUAUGUGAAUAAAUCAGACAUUUGUUUUACUACUAAAAUUACUAAGUAGA